AUCGAGAAUGAAACUGAACAAAAACAUUACACCCAUAAUAAAAUGCAGUAAAACCUCAGGGUUGAAAAGCAACAAGAAAACGAGCAGGACAACAAAAUCUUAUAAUAAGGCAAACUGAGUCUUUUGAAACAGAUAAAUAUUAUCUCAAAUGUUAUCUUCUAUUUUUUUAGGUUUUUAAGGUAUCCUACCAAAUAAAUGAGUGUUAUCAAACCUAUUUUCAACCAUAUACAGGCUACUUAUUGAUGCUUAAUUACGCGCCAACAAUAUAUUGAUUUAACAAACAAAAAACAACCUUUUUCAUAUAUAUAUACAAGUAAAAACAAACCUAAUUGUUUACUAAUAAUGACUUAAAUUGUAUACUUUGUAACUUGUGCAGAAUUUUGUAUUUGGUGAAUGGGCUUUCGGUGUGUCCAAGCUUUAUUGGCAUCAUUACGCACAGUUCUCUUCAGCUUCUCGGGGCAUAUUUUGUUUGGCUCGGUCGAUGGAUCACAACGCAGACACGCACUAUAGUGGUUACGCUUGGAUUAGAGCAGAAAACAGAUGGUUAUCAAUCUAAACGUGAAGCGCUUGUGUUGUUGUCAUCAUCGAAUACGUGCCCAGUUCAAAUUUUGUCGGCUUGGGGGCGUGCCCGUGACGCACGAGGACCGAAGCCACGGCCCUGGAUAAAUACAGCAGCUCUCGACCGUUAGAGACACUUCUUCGCCGAUUCCGAUUUCGCACACUUCUCUGACACAAAGACGACGCAGACAAUGUCUCCAAACAUCACUUGUGAUUCUCUCCCGUCCUUUGCUCCCAGGCUAACUGUGGCCAAAAGAAAACAAGCCCUUGAGCUCAGAAAGACUAUGAAACCUUUGAUGGAAAAAAGAAGGCGCGCCCGUAUCAACGACAGCCUGAACCACCUGAAAAGCCUCAUCCUUCCCCUCACAGGCAGAGAUACUCGCUAUUCCAAGCUCGAGAAAGCCGACAUCCUGGAAAUGACCGUGAGGUUCCUCAGCGACAUGCCCCCUGUUAACACCAAAGACUCCGCAGAUAGUUACAAAGAAGGCUACAAAGCCUGCCUCCAGCGCGUCUCCACUCUGCUUCCCAAAACGAGCCUGGACCAAGACGCGUGCCAGCGGGUGAACGACUUCGUCCAGCAGUCCAUGUCCACCACCGUCACCCCGACCUGCCUGAACUGUUGCGCUCAGAGCCCCAGGAGCUUCCCUCAGAUUCAACAGAGACUCCUGAGCCUCAAGUCCAGCUUCAGCUCCAGACUAGAGAGUCAGUCCCGCAGCAGCAGCAGCUGCAGCAGCGGCGCAGUGGCCCCCGGCCGAGCACAGCCAGGCCCCCAGCCUGUCAGCGCUGCCAUGUGGAGACCUUGGUAGAUUAGUGUCUGGGUCUCCCAGAAGACUGCGAAAAGACUGUAAAAUAUCUGAUGUGUAGGCAACGUGUAAAGAUAGUAUCGGUUAUAAAUAUACGCGGUGAUUUUAUGCCUCCUUUCCGUCGAUGAAAAGCCAGAAUUCAUCGUUUAAUCGUAAUGAUUGAGUAUCAUAUACUUACGUUUUGCGCACGCGUCCGUUGUCCCGUAUAAGUUGACAAAUGUAGACAGUCGUAUUUUUUAAAAAUCUGCAUGUAUGUAUACGUUAAAUAUUUAGUCUUCCUCGCGGACUAAGUUAUUAAGGGCUAUUGAAACAGCCCUGUAAGACCCAAAGGGUCAGUGUAUGUGUGAAUCUGCAAUAUAGACGUCAGUGUCCUGCGUCUGUGCAGAUGGAGUUUGUAGACAUAUAUUGUGUCACCGUUGUAUCUCUGUUGGGAUGUGCUAAAUAUUUUUUUUGCUAUUGUCAGCAAAUGUUGUAUAUAUGCUAUAUAAACAUAAAUAAAACUACGAUGUCGUGGUAAGACUUUGUUUUCUCUUGUUGUUUACACUGUUGUGUAACAAUAGUGGUCUUUACUCGUCGUGUGCGUAAUUACGCACCGUUAACGCACAAAAAGACUACAAGAACAGUUGGGUUACAAAAGAGAAGAUGGUGUUAUCUGAUAGAUUUGUGUUUAAGUUACAGGGACAAAACGAGUCACAAUAAAUAUCACACAAAAAAACCGCACACACACUGUGCCACGAUGGACAUGAAUCAAAAGAGAAAACAAUAGGAGCAUGGAAACUAGAGACAGCGUCACCAGACUCAGCAAACAUGAUGUCAUGUCUCCUUAGAUGUGAACACAGAGAAGUCAUAAAGCAGAGGACCACACAUCUGUCAAGCAGAUCUGCACUCAAUAAAAACGGUAAGACUCCAGGAGGGAUGUUGUGGUCAGUGGCGCCCUCAACAGGCGACAUGAGGAACCAGUCGUGCCUCGACUCUGUUGAUAAAAGCAGUCUCUGCUGCCCUCCUCCGGCAGACGUGGUUGUGUUCUACCACUGUUACACAUAGUUAAUCUUACCAGGUUUCUUCUUUACAUACAGCCCAAGCUACACGGGUAUCAUUUGGCUUGAUCCUAUAAAUAGUUUGCCUAUUUAUAU